AUGGCGAACAGUCGGCCUCCUGUCAGCGCAGAGAUGGACUGUAAUGGCGAGCCGUGGGAUCUGCCCUUAUCCGUAAAACGUUAUGUUGAAGCGUACAUGGCUAGAUUCGAUGCCUCGCACGACUUUCAGCACAUUCUCCGCGUAUGGUUUUUAUCUAAAUACAUCUCAGCCAACGAGUACGAAUUCAUUCCAACUCCUCAGGGUUACAAUAUCACAGCUCUCGAACUCGCUGCAUUGCUUCACGAUGUGGGCGACAAGAAGUAUUCCACGCCCGAAGAAAUCUCCAAACACCCGGUCUCCAAGGUCCUGCUUGAACUGGGUGCAUCCCCAGAGUUGGCCUUCAAGGUGCAGACGAUAGUCAAGCAUGUGUCCUACUCCGCAGAAACAAAGGAUCCAUUAGCAGUGGAAGAAGUGCUACUACAGCAUCCGGAGCUAGCAGCUGUGCAGGACGCUGAUCGGCUGGAUGCUAUUGGAGCGGUCGGUAUAGGAAGAGCUUUUACUUUCGGUGGAGCCAUGAGACCGGAGACCAACAUGGCAGAGACGAUUCAGCAUUUUACUGAGAAACUCGAGAGACUCGAGGGAAUGAUGAAGGAAAACAAAUGGCAAGGGAGCGCACUCGGCGUCUCCAGAUUUUUCGCACGUGGUGGGAAGAGGAGACCACUAUAG